UGUGUGUGUUUGUGUUUGUGUUUGUGUGUGUGUGUCUUAUGUUUACGUCGCCAGUGUCAGUAAUUCAAGUGGCGAAAACGCGAAAAAUAUGGAUUUAGAAAAGGACACACACAGCUUACCCGAUGGUCCUAAAGAUCUUUGCUUCAGCAAAUAUGAUUUCAUGAAGACACCCUUUUCUGUUGAUGAGUUUCUUCAGAACCAAAGAAAAAAUGCAAAUCUUGAAACAAUGCGUGAUGAUUUGGGAGUAUAUCUCAAAGUCUUGAGAUCCUCUAUGAUCGAAUUAAUCAACAAAGAUUAUGCAGAUUUUGUUAACUUGUCCAGUAACCUUAUUGGCUUGGACAAAGCCAUCACUAGAAUUCAAGUUCCACUUGGUCAACUAAAGGAAGAAGUCUGGCAAGUGAAAUCAAAUCUUGAUGAAGCAAUUGCAGAAGUAUCAGCAUGUCUUGAAAAACAGAGAUUUCUACAGAAAACUAAAAGAAGUCUCCAUAGCCUUAGCUAUGUUCAGCAAUCACUUCUCAAUCUCAGUUCACUUUUGAAUCUCCCAUCAAGGGAUUCUAAGUCUCCUGAUUUAGAUAAUGAUGGAAAGGAACAAUUGAUACAGAAGAAAGCAGAUGAUUUACCAGGGGCAGAUCUAGUGGAGAGAGUUGCAUCUGAGUUGAACCAGUUGCAUUUUCAAAUGAGCCAUUGCAAAAAUAUAGUGUCUGAAGAGUCAACAGAACGCUUAUCCUUGAUAAAGUCUGUAUUGAUGAAAGGAUUAGAUAAGCUAUUUCUACAGAGUAUACAGAAAUCGGAUGUCACAACAAUCAAGCGAAGUCUUUGUGUUUAUGAAAGCCUGGGGAAAGAAAGAGAAGCAGAAGAUUUGUUUCGAAAGCAGGUUGUGGCAAAGGGAUUGCAUCAUGUUAUAAGUGAAACAUCACUGCAGUCCAAUCCAACAGGACUAAAGGGAGUUUAUAGAGAAAUUUUGAAUUUUAUUGACAAUAAUAUGAAAGAUUUGCUAGAAUUCACUUCACACAAAGAAAGGCCUCCUGCUGUUUCAGGAUUCUAUUUCCUGGUAAAUAGUUACUGGCCUGAAGUUGAACUGCGCCUGGAGCUUCACAUGCCAUCGAUAUUUGCACCUGGCAACCCUGACAGUUUCUUCCAGAACUUCUCAGAAACUCAAGCUUUUCUCACUGAGCUUGAACAGAAAUGUGGUUCACAGGCCGAUGUAAGACGACUGCAUCAGCAUCCUCAGUACAUUUCCUUUCUUCAGCUUUGGAAUCUACCAGUUUAUUUUCAAAUACGGUUUCAAGAAAUAGGGGGCAGUUUGGAAACAGCUAUCUUUCAGUGGCCCAAAAACAUCAAUUCCAAUAAUGGCCAAUUUAAGCUUACUGCAACAGUAGCUGCAUGGUCUGCUGCUCAAAUGUGCUGGAACCCGAAUAUAUUUCUGCAUCAGUUAACCCAUAGGUUCUGGAAACUCACCCUGCAAAUAUUUGCAAGGUAUUAUUCAUGGACUGGGGAAGCUUUGCGUGAGAAGUGGACUGCUGAAAAUGGAGUUACUCGAUUGUCAUUUCUGGUUUGGUUAUUCUGUGACAUUAAGUUGAUUGCUGGUCACAUGCCAGAAAUGAUAGAUGUGGUAUCUAACAGACUGGAAAACUCAACAAAGUUAAAUAUGGAUCACUUUAAAGUUAGUCUUCAGGAGACAUCAGAUCAGCUAUUGUCUAGACUACCAGCUGUCACAGAGCGUAUUGUAUCUGAGGUAACUGGUGUCAGUGGCCCAUCAUUACGCCAAGUCAAUGAUAUUCCAAGACUCUUUCGUCGCACAAAUCGUGAUAUUCCAAACAAACCUUGUUCAUAUGUCAACAUACUACUAGCUCCUCUUCUUGACUUCUUCCAUACCUAUGAGAAUAUUGUCAGUUCCGUUCAACUUAAAGAAUGGCUUACUCUUAUCUGCUCCUCCAUUACUUGCCAAUACUACAUUUGUGUGUCUGAUGUUCUUACCUCAGUUCAAAAAACUGAGGAAAGUUUAAGACGUUUGAAGAAAAUGAGGGAACGUAAUACACAAGCUGCAUUAGGAGAAGGCCGUGGACAUACUGAUGAUGACAAGAUAAGAAUGCAGCUUGCUAUUGAUGUUAAUAGCUUUACUGCAGAGAUAGAAAAGCUUGGAGUGGAGCGCAAUAAUGUGGAGAGACUCAUAGAUCUCACAGCUUUAGUUCAAAAUGCUAUACAGUUCCAGUCGCAGACUCAAAGCUGAUUAUUGAACAGGAAAAGAAAUUACAAAAUUGUUUUUUUCCUGAUCCAGUAUUUUCCUAUGUAUCAUCACCAGUAGUUGAGUAAUAUUUGUACUAAUUUAAUGUAGGUAUUUAUACUGUUGUUUUCUUUCCAAAAGCUGUGGUAUCUGUACAAAAUCAUAAAAAGUAAGUAUCUGAAGACCAGAAUUGAUACCAUUUUCAUUUAAUAUGUUUGUUUUAACUUUUAUGCAAGGAGAAAUAAAUUUCUUUGGGGAUCUACGUGUUA